ACAUACCAUCAUAUCAUGCCAUAUUUGUUGUUUUUCCCGCGCUACCGUACCGCCGGAUCCCCAAAAGCGGAGGGAAAAAAAGAAAAAAAUAGGGCAAAAUUCCACACACAGAUAGGGUUCCAACAACAGCUACUGUGUGUUUCACAAGCUAGGGUUUUUACACACCGUAUCAAUUCCUCAAGAUCUGUUCAAUCGUUUCCCCCAAUUUGGAUCCUAGGGUUUCGUCCAAUUCCGAUCUGGGUUUCGAUUAAUCGGAGAUCUGAGUUGGUUCGUGUGGCCGAGAUUCGCGUGAAUUCGAUGGAAGAUUUCAAGCCGAUUAAAUCAACCGUUGAGGGUUCAACGGAAAACGGAGCUACUAUUGAAGCUCGGUUUAAAGACUUUUGCAAGGGUAAAUUAAGAAUGGAUGAUGGUGAAUUAGAGGAGGCGAUGAAGCUGUUUAAUCAAAGCAAGCAUUUGUUUUUGACAAAUGCAUCUUCUCUUGGAAGUGGGACGCCCGAAGAAGCAGAGCACUACUGGUUUGCAUUCCUUUUGUUCUCCUUGAGAAGAUUAAGCCAGAAAGAUGAUGCAGAAGGUGCCGCUAAUACCAACGGCAAUGGCUUUAACUUGUGUCAAAUACUCAGAGUGGCGAAACUGAAUUAUGUGGAUUUCUUCAAGGAGCUACCUCAAUUUGUAGUCAAGACUGGUCCAAUUUUAAGCAAUCUUUACGGUUCUGAUUGGGAAACCAGACUUCAGGCGAAAGAGUUGCAGGCCAAUUUUGUGCAUCUCAGCCUUUUAAGCAAGUACUAUAAACGGGCAUUCCAGACACUUUUUGUAGCGAGCCAUGAUAAUACUGAUGGCCAGUCAGCUGUUGCUAACUCACAAGAUUACAUAUCCAGCUGUCAUCGUUUUGGAUGGCUACUAUUUUUGGCUCUUCGAGUUCAUGCAUUCAGUCGGUUCAAAGACCUGGUCACUUGCACUAAUGGACUCGUCUCUAUUCUGGCGAUUUUAAUUAUUCAUAUUCCAGCUCGUUUCAGAAAGUUUUCGAUUAAUGACACUUCGCGCUUUGUUAAAAAAGAUGAAAAAGGUGUUGAUCUACUUGCAUCUCUCUGUAACAUGUACGAGACAUCAGAAGAAGAAUUAAGAAAAACAAUGGUCAAAACCAAUAAUGUAGUAGAAGACAUUUUGAAGAAAAAACCUUGUUUGGCUUCAGAAUGUAAAAAUGGAAACUUGGACAAUAUCGACACAGAUGGUUUGAUGUAUUAUGAAGAUUUAUUAGAGGAAUCGUCUUUGUCUUCUUAUUUGAAUGUUCUAGAAGAAGAUUACAAUAAUUCAGUAUGUCAAGAAGGUGAAUUAGAUGAGAAACUGUUUAUUAAUGAUGAUGAAAGCCUCCUUGGUUCAAGCAGCUUAUCGGGUGGUGCAGUUAAUUUGAGUGGCACAAAGAGAAAGCUUGACUUGAUGUCAUCCCCAACAAAGACAAUUACUAGCCCACUUUCUCCUUACCGAUCUCCAUCAAAGAUUAAAGGUACACCUGUCAGCACAGCGAUGACCACCGCAAAAUGGCUGCGGACUAUCAUUUCUCCACUUCCAUCAAAACCUUCAAUAGAGCUUGAACGAUUCAUGUCAUCAUGUGACAAGGAUGUAACCGCUGAUGUCGUCAAGCGGGCCCGUAUAAUAUUAGAAGCUAUUUUUCCCAGCAGUGGUCUUGGGGAUCGAAACGCAAUUUCCAACAUACAGAAUACCAACUUGAUGGAUAAUAUUUGGGCAGAACAACGUAGAAUGGAAGCGUUAAAGUUAUACUAUCGUGUUCUACAAGCAAUGUGUACAGCAGAAUCUCAAAUACUAAACGGGAACAAUCUAACGUCGUUGUUAACAAACGAACGGUUCCACCGGUGCAUGCUCGCAUGUUCCGCUGAACUUGUUCUUGCGACGCAUAAAACCGUCACUAUGUUGUUUCCGGCUGUUUUGGAAAGAACGGGAAUCACGGCUUUUGAUCUUAGUAAAGUUAUCGAAAGUUUCAUCAGGCACGAAGAAUCUCUUCCUAGAGAAUUAAGGCGACAUUUGAAUUCGUUAGAAGAACGACUUCUAGAAAGUAUGGUGUGGGAGAAAGGUUCUUCGAUGUACAACUCGUUGACAGUUGCGAGACCAGCGCUUUCUUCUGAAAUUAACCGUCGUGGGCUGUUGGCGGACCCCAUGCCGUCUUUGGAUGCAAUUGGACUGCAAACUAAUAUGUCUUGUGGUGGGUUGCCACCUGUCCCUUCAUUGCAGAAGCGUGACAGCUCACCAGGUAAGAGUAGCAUCCUCUUAUCACCAAAAAGAGUUUGCACUGAAUAUCGAAGUGUUUUGGUUGAACGGAAUUCCUUCACAUCUCCGGUUAAAGAUCGUCUUUUGGGUAUUAAUAAUCUUAAAUCAAAGCUGCUAUCACCAGCUUUGCAGUCCGCAUUUGCCAGUCCAACGAGGCCAAAUCCAACUGGCAGGGGAGAAACCUGUGCAGAGACGUCUGUUAAUUUAUUUUUUAGCAAGAUUGUGAAGCUAGCUGCUGUUAGAAUUAAUGGAAUGGUUGAAAGACUACAGUUGUCGCAAGAAAUAAGAGAGAGGGUAUAUUGUCUUUUUCAGCAGAUUCUGAGCCAGCGAACCGCGUUGUUUUUCAACCGUCAUAUCGACCAGAUUAUUUUAUGUUGUUUCUACGGAGUUGCAAAGAUUUCCCAACUAAGCUUAACCUUCAAAGAAAUCAUCAACAACUAUAGAAAACAACCUCAUUGUAAAAUUCAAGUUUUCCGUGCUGUGUUUGUUGAUGACAGGGCAUCUUCUCGGUCCAAUGGGAAAACGGGGCAGAAUGACGUCGAUAUAAUCAUGUUUUACAAUGAAAUAUUCAUUCCUGCUGUGAAGCCAUUGUUGGUAGAGCUUGCUCCGUCAGCAGGGGUUGCGAAAACCACCAAUCAGGUUUCCGAAACGAACAAUCAUGAUGAAGGUCCAUGCCCUGGCUCGCCUAAGGUAUCGGUAUUCCCGAGUCUACCUGAUAUGUCCCCGAAGAAGGUAUCUGCAGUGCACAACGUAUACGUUUCUCCAUUGCGGUCAACAAAGAUGGAUGCUCUAAUUUCUCAUGGAUCCAAAAGCUAUUACGCGUGUGUUGGGGAGAGUACUCAUGCAUACCAGAGCCCAUCAAAGGAUCUCACAGCCAUCAACAAUCGCUUAAACGGGGAUUGUGCUUUUAGUACUCGGAAAGUGAGAGGGACACUUAAUUUCGAUGAAGUUGAUGUUGGGUUGGUGAGCGACUCGUUAGUGGCUAACAGUCUGUAUCUUCAAAAUGGGAAAGGUGGUGGAACUUCAUCGAGUGGUCAGAUGAAGACGGAAUGAUACCCGAUGAUGGUGAUAGUAGUGUGUGUGUGUGUGUGUAUAUAGAGGGGGCAUCAGCAGACUGGAUUUGAUUUGGGAAUGGGAAUGGGGAUGGAAUGAGCGGUGAAGUUAUUGUACAGUAGCCGCCACUAACCUCGAUGGUCGUGUUUGUUGGAUUUGUAGUUGGCUCAACUCUUAAUAAUUUACGAUUCUGUUUGUCAGCUGUCUGUUUCGGCGAAGUUGCAAGAUGAUGAAUAUUAGGUAUCACCACCACAAGGAUUUAUAAUAGUUCAAAUAGAUGAUUAACUAA